UUCGUAAACAAGGAAAAUGAUACAGAAACUAGUUUUUGUGCUAACAGGACUGAUGUUAGCUGAAGCCGACAUCAAGGCAUACAGCGACGUGGACUACCAAGCCGACGGGGCCCAGCACUUGAGAUGGGCUGUGGAGGUCUACGAUUAUUCCCACGGAGAACGACACCACAAGUGUGGGGGGUCGCUUGUCACACCUACAGCAGUUAUAUCAGCGGCUCGGUGCUUCUGGGGCAAAGGGGAGCAGCUCCCCGCCUCCGGGUUCGAGGUGGCGAGGACCUACCAAGGGUUUGGUAAUGUUUGGCAGAUGGCGAAGAAGUCCAAAGUCCGCACAAUCCACCUUCAUCCGUCGUACCAGGACAGCGCAGGUCGGUACGCAAACGACAUUGCAGUGCUGACGCUCACGGACCCGCUGCGCGGCGUGACGCCUAUAUGCGUCAGUUUCAACGAAGACCUGGAGAAAAGGCAGUUGACUGAAGGCAACUUCGGUCGGAACAUGGGCACACUACAACUGGCCGGCUAUGGGCUUCCCUCGCCACUGUUCACGGCUCUGGAGGUGCCCUAUGUGUCGCGGGACCUCUGCGACCAGGGGGAGCCCUACUACAGGGAACAGCUCACGGACGACAAGAUCUGCACUGGAUUUAAACCAGGUCCCGGCGACAGACCAGAGUCGCUGAUCUGCCGAGGCGACCACGGCAGUGGCCUGGCGUUCUACAGCGGUACAGAGUGGAAUGCUGUACCAUACCUGCGUGGUGUAGCGUCCACACCCUUCCCUGCCCCUUCUGAACCUUAUGGGACAAUUAGCAGUUGUUCGACAUACAAGUACGCUGCGUUCACGCGCGUUUCAUCGCACCGACGGUUUUUGGAGCAACAUCUACCCGGAUUAGAGGAUAAGUGUGCGCAGUACUACAGAACUAAUAAUGCUGACGGCAACGUCGAAUGUAACUGUCAUUGUAACAAUAAUGCAACUGGUACUUAA